ACAAGAAAAAAAAAACAACCUUUAGCGAUCACGCGUUGCUGUGUUCGUGAUCUCCCUUAGGACUACACUUCCCGGGACGCUUUGCGGCGGGUUAUGACAGAUGGGGACACUAUGACGGCUCCGGGCUCUGCAGGUGUCUUUUCAGGAUUUUGAUCUUUCAGGAUUAGUCUUUUUGCAAUCUCCUCAUCUGCAAUAUGGCGGACACAAAGCCCCUUCACCAAACAAGAUUUGAAGCGGCCGUCAGCGUCAUCCAAAGUCUUCCUAAGAAUGGCUCUUUCCAGCCAUCCAAUGAGAUGAUGCUGAAGUUCUACAGUUUUUACAAGCAAGCGACACAAGGCCCGUGCAAUGUACAAAGACCUGGAUUCUGGGAUCCUGUUGGUCGAUACAAAUGGGAUGCCUGGAACUCAUUGGGUGACAUGUCUAAGGAAGAUGCCAUGAUUGCUUAUGUUGAUGAAAUGAAAAAGAUUCUUGAGACAAUGCCAGUCACGGAGAAAGUGGAAGAAUUGCUCCAGGUUAUCGGUCCAUUUUAUGAACUGGUGGAAGAUAAAAAACAUGGGCGAGGAUCUGGUGUAACUUCAGUACGACUGGACCGAGUUACUAGGUCUUUAGAAGAUCUAAGCUCUGCCCUGACGUCCACACCAAACUGUAAGGCUGUGAACGGGAAAGCGGAGAGUAGCGACAGCGGAGCAGAAUCUGAAGAGGAGGAGACCGGAAAACUGGAGGAAGAGGAGGAAGAGGAUGGUAAAGAGGAGACCGAGUUAAGUGAGCAAGAGGAGAAAGCAGUGAAGGAAGAUGCCACCCCUGAGCCGUGCCCGGAUAUUACACUUUCCAAUGGUUUACACGUAAAUCACAGCGAUUACAUUCCACACAUUCCCUGUCAUGUACCCAACAAGUCUGAUCUCAAUGACACAAGAAAUGACACGAAUGGGAAGCCAAAGACCACACAGGAGGAGACUGUGAAAGAUGUGGAAGCCAGUAAAGCAGAUGAUGGCACAGAGGAUAUUGCUGCAAUGCAGCACUUAACGAGUGACUCCGACUCGGAGAUAUUCUGCGAUUCCAUGGAGCAGUUCGGACAAGACGAUGUUGAUCAUAGUCAGCUGGUGGAACGCGCUCUGAUGACCGAACCUGAUGUGAGAGCUGGAGGAGAAGCGAAAGAAGGUGGAGAAGACGGGAAGGCCUGUGGACGAACCCCCCAAAAGGACAAGUCUGGGAAUGAAAAGACAGAUUACUUUACAUCUAGAAGAGGAAGAGUCAAUCGGAUGCCUCCUGUGGGAGAAGGAUCCCGCGGGGGUCAGAUGGGAAGCGGGGGAGAUGGCGACCGAUGGGGAUCGGAGAGAGGAUCCGAGGGCAAUAUUAAUGAACAGAUAGCCGUGGUACUGAUGCGCCUGCAGGAAGACAUGCAGAACGUGCUGCAGAGGCUGCAGACAUUGGAGGCCCUUACUGCUUCUCAGGCAAGGUCAAUGCUCCUGGAAUCUAACCUUCAUCAGUCAACUAACCAGAAAACAUCUUGGUGGCCCUUUGAGGUCACAUCAGGCACAUUGGUGUUUGCAGUCGUCUGGCCAUUUAUUGCUCAUUGGAUAAUACAUCUAUUCCUACAACGGAAACGGAGGAAGCCCACCUGAGCAGACAGUCAGAAGUAACUCUGGUUCGGAAAACCCACUCGGGACGCCCGGUGAUUGUCCCCCCCUUGAGGAAGGAAGUGGCUGCAAGUUCCUUUAUUUGCUCUAGUAAAUUCCUUGCAUUAUGUGAAUGAUAUAAAAUAAGGACUAAUUUUACUGAAGCUUGAAUACGAGACAUAUACACUAAGCCGGCAGUAGUAUUCAUGUUUUCUUAUCACAUUGAAUUUAAUUAAAAGAAAACUAAAUUAUUUUUAAACUUCUCAGAAGCAUGUAAGUAGAUAAAAUAUACACUUAUGAGGGUACAAGGCAGGUAGGCCGACACCAUGGUUGUGAUUUACACCAAAUCGGACUGCGACGAAUAAUAAUGUGAAACUGGAAUUUUACUCCUGUAAUAUUUACUUUAGUAAUAAAAUCGAUACAUAAACACGGA